AGAAACCUCAAAAACUCGCCUGUCUGUGUGCCGCAGCCGCUGUCAAAGAAGAAAUAUUCGAACUUCAGUCUUUUUCCUCUUCAAUGGGGGAUAUUUCCUUGAGAAGAUACUUCGGUGCCGACUAACUUUGGCCCCACUAAGCUUGAAACAUCACAGCAAAUAUGUCUAGCCUUUAUAUACUCACUGUUUUCUGCUUGUUGUGGGGUGCAAACGGAGACGAGCACAACCAUGUAUAUGAAGAUAAUGAUGAAGUGGUUCUGUGGAUGAACACUGUCGGCCCAUACCACAACCGUCAAGAAACUUAUGGCUACUUCACUUUACCAUUUUGUACUGGGCGCAAGGAUUCUAUCAGUCAUUACCAUGAAACUAUUGGUGAAGCAUUACAAGGAGUGGAGCUGGAAUUCAGUGGACUGAAGAUGGAAUUUAAAGCGGACAUUUCUCGCACGACUUAUUGUGAACUAGCAUUAGAUGGUGAUAAGUACAGGCAGUUUGUGUAUGCUGUUAAAAAUCAGUACUGGUAUCAAAUGUACAUUGAUGACCUGCCUAUUUGGGGUAUUGUUGGUGAAAUGGAAGAAAAGGAUGGUACCACAAAUUAUUACAUAUGGACUCACAAGAGAUUUGACAUUGGAUACAACGGAAAGCAAAUUGUUGAUGUUAACUUGACCAAAGAGGUCAGGCACAAACUUUCUCCUGAUGCUGUUAUUCCUUUUACCUAUGAGGUCAAUUGGAAGCCAUCUAAUAUUCAUUAUGAAGACAGAUUUGACAAGUAUUUGGAUCCAAAUUUCUUCCAACACAGGAUUCACUGGUUCAGCAUUUUUAACAGUUUUAUGAUGGUAAUCUUUUUAGUGGGUUUAGUUUCCAUGAUUCUCAUGAGGACUUUGCGCAAGGAUUACGCACGUUACAGCAAAGAUGAGGAAAUGGAUGAUAUGGAACGAGAUUUAGGCGAUGAGUAUGGCUGGAAGCAGGUCCAUGGUGAUGUUUUCCGAGCACCUUCACACCCUCUUAUAUUCUCAGCUUUGAUUGGUACAGGAUACCAAGUAACAGUUGUGACGACAUGCGUUAUUGUGUUUGCUAUAUUAGGAGAGCUUUACACAGAACGAGGCUCCAUGUUGAGUACUGCAAUUUUCGUGUAUGCUGCCUCAUCCCCUGUCAAUGGCUACUUUGGAGGUUCACUAUAUGCGAGAUUUGGUGGUCGAACUUGGAUCAGACAAAUGUUGGUGUCUGCAUCUCUUCUUCCAGUACUUGUCUGUGGAACAGCGUUCUUCAUUAAUUUCAUUGCGAUUUACUACCAUGCAUCUCGUGCAAUUCCAUUUGGAACAAUGGUUGCAGUGACAUGCAUAUGUCUGUUUGUAAUACUUCCUUUAACUACAGUUGGCACAGUUUUAGGACGUAAUUUAAAUGGACAGCCUGACUUUCCCUGCAGAAUAAAUGCUGUCCCCCGUCCCAUCCCUGAGAAAAAGUGGUUCAUGGAACCCAUGGUUAUAGUGUCACUUGGUGGUAUUUUACCCUUUGGGUCAAUUUUCAUUGAAAUGUAUUUCAUCUUUACAUCAUUCUGGGCAUACAAAAUCUAUUAUGUUUAUGGGUUCAUGCUCCUGGUCUUCCUUAUUUUAACUGUUGUAACUGUGUGUGUUACAAUUGUCUGCACAUAUUUCCUCCUGAAUGCUGAGGAUUACCGAUGGCAAUGGACAAGUUUCAUGGCUGCGGCUUCUACGUCUGGUUAUGUUUACCUAUAUUCAUUUUAUUACUUCUUCUUUAAAACAAAAAUGUAUGGUCUGUUUCAGACAGCCUUUUAUUUUGGCUACAUGGCAUUGUUUAGUGCAAUGCUGGGGAUUUUGUGUGGUACAGUAGGCUACAUUGGAACAAGUUUCUUUGUUCGCAAAAUUUACUCAACUGUCAAAAUUGAUUGAUUUAUUAACUGCAUUAGUCUAUAUAAGUAUUGGGCUUGAACUUUCAGUAAUUGGAGAACAGACUAAUGAAAUGAUGGAUAUGUCCUGUUUUGAGAGGUGCUUUUAAUAUGUGAUGUGAUGGGUAAUCAGAAGUAUUUGCAAUAAAUUGUCAGGAAAAGGUGUAACCUUUCUAUCUUGGUGUAAAAAAAUAUAAUUUGAAUUGUCAGAUGCAAAUGGCAGGUCAAUUACAGAUUUGUCAUCAAAAUCUGUAUGAAGUCUCAUUUAUCAGUUGGUAUAUUUUUAUCCUUUUAAGUCUCCUUGAUUUAAAUACAAGUCUAUUGCAGCUAAGGUACUAUUUGAUGUAUAUUUUCUGCUAGAAGUGUUGUAAAAUGAUUCUUUUAUAUAUCUAUUGUAGAUUUCAGAUUUCAUAACUUCUGAUUCAAAAGAACACUGUAAUUUUUGUACUCUAUGGAAACACACAUAAAGCAGAAUUACUACUGAUCAAUUAUCAAAUAUCAUUAAUUUUUAAUGUGAUUGACCAGUGUUAAGCUGCAGCAUAAUUUUGAAAACAUGGCUUUGAGCUGACACCUGCCCCUCCCCUCCCCAAUUUUUUAAUUGCUUAAUUUCACCGAGGGGUCUAGACUCUGUGUUUCUUGAGUCAAUGCCACUGGACGCUUCAAAGUGACUUGAUGUAUUUGAAUGGCAUUUCUAUUUUCCCUUAUUCUUAGAUUUGCCAGUGGGCCCUGUUUUGGGAUGUUAACUUUGUUUUUGCUGCUGCUUAAUAGCAAAACUUUGAUUUCAGUUCCAUUUGGAGCUUUCUAGUGUGGGAAAGUUUUGAUGUUAAUUUUAUUUGUUGAGGAAAGACUUGAUACGAUAUAAUACUUCAAAGUUUUGUCGCAUGCAGUAGGACAUGCUACUGUUGUUCUGUGAUUUUUCUCAUGUGUACUUUGUGCUGCACCGUCAGAAUCUGAUUAUUCAGUUUUGCACAAAAUAUGCAAUUUAUAAUAAGGAUAGUAGCCAAGUUUGGAUUUUUUAGUGUUAAUAUUGUGUGCCACUGAACAUUAGAUAUGCACUGGUAGAUGUUUGUUAUGCUGUACAUUAAUUGAGGACUUGUAAUCUAUGGACAAAGUUUCGUGAAGAGACUUCACAAGUCAUUCUGCCUCUUUUGGAAAAGUUGUGUGCAAAUUAUUGUACUAAGACUUUGUUCUGUGCUUCACCUAUCCCUUAUCAAGUGGAUACAGUUAAAAGGUGAAGAAAGAAGACGAGUUAUAUUUGUCUUCUAAGUAAUUGAUAUGCAUGUAAAUUGAGAAUGGUAUUUAUUGUAUUUUUUACAACUGAUGUUAGAAAACUGGAAAUUCAUGAGGUCAUUUUUACAUCUCUCCUAAAAAGAUAAAUUUGGACAAGUUGCUGGGUCUGUUUUAAAAUAGUUGAGGACUUAUAUUUUAUUUUUCCUCUAUGAAAGUUAGACUCAAAAUAUUAGAACAUCAAAAUUAAUUUUGUUUUUGUCUGCUUGUUGUGUUCCUGACAAUGCUGGGCGACAGCUCAGUGGUUAGGCAAGUCACACAGAAGCGGAACAUAAAAAUAAGAGGGUGUCAGCAUGGUCCAUAUUAGCUCUUUAUACGGUAUGGCAGGAUAUUUAUGCACUCUGUGAGUGAAUAUCCUUUGGUUGUCACUUGAUGAUCAUAGUAAGAGCUAUCCCUCUUGAAAUGAUGUUUCCUUUGCAUUCUAGAAAAAAAUUGUAACAUCAGAUGUUUCUUUCCUCUAUUCUUCUCUCUUGGUGUAACUUCUAUUUCAACUUUGCUGCAUUUCCAAACUAUUUUAUUGGAAUUGAAUAUGUUGCUGUGUUGGGCACUCUUCCUCUUUCAAUCAAACAAUCUGCUUCCUUUCUCUUCUAGUCCGUAAUGAAUUUAUCUGUCAUUUUAAUUUUGUUUGAUGAAGAAUGUGUAACUAAUUGCAAUUUGUUGAUCAAGUAAGUGGUUUGCAAAGGUAAAUCAAUAUGGUUUAAUGGUUUCCAGAUUCAGUAUUGUGUGGGAUAAAAGGGUUGAUAAGAGUGAGCUAUGUAGGUAAUAAUUUCGUUAGUUAUUGUAAUGAUUUUGUUGUUCUCCGUAUGGAAUGGGAGUGUGAGUAUCUUAGCUGCUGUCUUUCUGUUAUGAUGUUCUUUGUACAAAGAAAAUCUUUUAUUAUUUGUUUGUACAGUUACUUCUAAACCAGUUCUUUUUUUUAAAAAAAUAAUAAAAACUAAACAUUCAAGGCUGUCA